CACAUACUCUGACUUAAACUCAAAGGUGCUAACACAUUGUGAGAAUCCAGACGAGGAAGACCAGUACUGCAGGUCUCUAAAACAUUUAAAGGGUGGAGGGGAUCACAAGCAGGAGAGGCAAAAAGCAAGAAUUCUGACGAGGAAGACCAGUACCGCAGCUGUGAGAGAUUGUUUCAACUGAGUGACCAUGGCUGAAUACAAGGUGCAGGUAACAACAGGGGACAUGAAAUAUGCUGGGACAAUGGACCACAUAUACAUCACCUUAUUUGGAACAGAAGGGCAGAGUGAGCGGACUGAGCUGGACAACGUUGGCAGUGACUUUAAAACUGGAACGACUGGGACCUAUAUCAUCAAAAACGGUUCAUCUCUGGGGAAACUUCUCCUGAUCAAGGUGGAAAAAGAUCCCUUCCUUAUUCUCCCAGAAGAUGAGUGGUACUGCUCCAAAAUAGUGGCGACCACUCCAGAAGGAGAUGUCACUCUGUUCCCGUGUUACAGAUGGAUCUCCAGGGGAGAACUGGUGGAGCUGAGAGGAGGGAAAGCUGUGAAAGUUUUUGAGGAGGACCAUCCCCUGCUGAUUGACCACAGGAAAAAUGAGCUCACGUUUAAAAAGAGCUUGUACCAGUGGGAGAUACAUAACGAAAAAAUACCACACAAAGUUAAUUUCAGCGAUUUUUCUGAAAUUCCAGCUGAAUUUCGUUUCUCUAUGUCCAAAUCGAAUGAAGUGAACUACUCACAAAGACUGAUUGGCCUUGAACUGUUAUUCAAGGGGCUGAUUACGUCUACUGAGCAAUGGAAAAACUUUGAAGACAUGAAAAAAAUUUUCAUGAACAAAACGACAACACUGUCAGAGUACGUUGCAGAGCACUGGAAGGAAGAUGACUUUUUUGGAUACCAGUAUCUUAAUGCUGUAAACCCCAAUGUGAUUGAGCGCUGCUCAGAACUUCCCAAAAACUUUGUAGUCACCGAAGAGAUGGUGAAGCCAUUCCUGAAAGAGGGAAGCUCCCUGAAGAAGGAAAUGGAGAAAGGCAACAUAUUCAUCCGUGACCAGAAGAUAAUUGAUGGAAUAUCCACUAGGAAGUUGGAGAAUGGAGAUCCUCUGCACAUGACUGUUGGUUUCUGCUUGUUUUACAUGAACCCAGAGAACAAACUGAUGCCAAUUGCAAUCCAGCUGAAUCAACAGCCUUCAGAGCAGAACCCCAUCUUUCUGCCCAGUGACCUGGAGACGGACUGGCUGCUAGCCAAGUUGUUUUUUAAAAGUUCAGAUAUGAUGGAAUAUGAGGCGGUCCAUCACCUCAUGAACACCCACUUUCUGGCGGAAGUCUUUGCUGUUGCUACUCUCCGCUGCUUCCCUGUGAUUCAUCCUCUCUACAAGCUGCUGAUCCCACACUUCCGUUACACCAUACACAUCAACAUCGUGGGCCGCCCAGAACUUUUUGGGCCUGAAGGAAUUUUAACAAUGAGUUCACUUGGGUAUGACGGACUGAUGGAGCUCAUGGGAAAGCACCUCUCUGAGAUGACCUACAGCUCCCUCUGUCUGCCAGAAAACAUUACUGCACGAGGACUGGAGUCAGUCCCCAACUUCUACUACAGAGAUGAUGGACUGAAGGUGUGGGACAUCAUCAACAGCUUUGUGAAGAGCAUAGUGGAGUACUAUUAUCCCUCAGAUAACGAUGUGUGUAAAGACUCCGAGCUGCAGGAAUGGAUCAGUGAGAUAUUCACACAUUGCUUCUUAGGAAACAAACACUCAGGGAUACCAGCGUCCUUUAACACUGUGGAGGAACUGAUCAAGUUCGUCACCAUGGUGAUCUUCACAGUGACAGCUCAACAUGCUGCUGUCAAUAAUGGACAGUUUGACUACCAGUCCUGGGCUCCCAACGGUGCACUGCUGCUGCGUAAACCUCCUCCAAACACUAAGGGGCAGUCAACCAUGGAGACCAUUUUGGAGACCCUUCCAAAUGUUGCAGAGACAGCCAAGUCAGCAGCAUUGGUUUGGUUGCUUUCUGAUACGUACACAGAUGUGGUCUACUUGGGUGCGUACCCUGACGAACGAUUUGAUGAGCCUGCCCCAAAGCAGAUGAUUAAGGAAUUCCAAGAAGAGCUGUCCAACCUGAGUGAAGCAAUUACAGCAAGAAACUCACAGCUGCAAGUGCCCUACACAUACCUGGACCCUAAGGAGAUAGAGAACAGUAUUGCUAUUUAAAAAAGUCUGAGGGAGUCAGCUGAUGAUUGUAUGAAAGUGUCUCUCAACACUUGUCGUACAUCCUCAGAGGAGGGUUCAUUUAUUACAUGGUAUAGUUGUGAUGUUUGAGGCAGUUCGAUACAGUUUGGGAUAUUUUAGUUUCAUUAUGGUGACUGAGCCUGUUGUAGAGUAACUUUAUGUAACCUGUGUGUGUGGGGAAGAAAACCACAGGAACGAGAAGCUUAUUUUAUCAAAAUCAUCUUAAUCUAAAGUUUUCUGAAUGAGUGUAUUUUGCUGCUUGUGAUUGUGAUUGUGGGGGCUUUCUCAAUUGUGAAACGAGGGCAACUUUAUAAAGAUAUCUGAUUUAAGAAAUGAGUGCAAUAAUCUAAAGACUUUCAUUUUAGUAAUCUCCAACUGACUUUGAGGAAUGUGGCUUAAGAAAUGAAGUUAAUGUUUUAGCUUCACCAUGGUGAGUGAGCCUAGGAUAAGUAACUUUAUGUAAUGCAUUUAAGUACAAUAAAUUCUAAAAGAUUAAAUGAG